CCCCCCGCAGUCGCCUAUAUGCUGGUGUUGGGAGAGGAAGGAUGUAGCCAGCCGUAUCCGCCCUGCUGUGAAGUAUAUAGGAAACGAGUGUAGCCUACCACCACCAGCCACAAUGCAAAGCAUUUAUUUAAAAAAAAUAACCAAUUGGACAUUUCAUAAAAAAUUAGUCUGAGGCACAUCCUAGAGAUUAAUUUUGUACUCGGACACGUGUUGGAUUCAGUUAAGAUUCUACAUGUAAGAUAUAGUGCAUCAGCAUUUUUUAUUUACCUCUACAGCGGCGGGAUUGUUAUUCUGCGUGAGCGUACAUGUGUUGUUAUCGGUAGGCCUAAAUCAACCGCUACAAAGUGAGCAAAUGUGACGGAUCAACGGAGAGCGAGAACGUGCACCGAACGUGGAGAUGCGUGCGUGUGCACAUUCAUGUGCCACACCUCCUGCUGUGUCGGAUCAAUAAUAAAAUGAUGGGGUUUUCUUGGACCACAGCGAGGACGACGGUCGGGCUGUCCUAAUAAAAAGGCAGAGAGAGGCAGCUGGUCGUCGUUGCUCCGAUAAAUGGCCAAGGACGUCAUGUGAGCGGACCAUCUCGAAGCCUGGACCGUAUGUGGACAUCGGAUUUAUCGUUCUUUAGACAUCCAACGAGCUGCAAGUCACUCAAACGUGGUUCCUGCCCCACCCCCCCCCGCCGCCCUCCCCUCCGCCGUCCCACCAUGAGAGACCCGCGCUCGCCCUCCCCCGGGGUCCCGCUGCCCCGACGGUACCUCGCGGCGCUCCCGCUGGUUCUCCUGAUCGCCUCCGUGACCGCCGACGCCCAGUUCAUGUCCCUGCCGCUCAACAGCCGGACGGUGUGCGUGUGCGCCAGCAACAUCGUCAGCUGCUCCCAGCUCAACCUGACCAGCGUGCCGUACAACCUGCCCUCCUACGCCGCCGUGCUGGACCUCAGCUUCAACCUCAUCUCCCGGCUGCGCGCCGACUGGACCCAGGUCUCGCUGUGCCGGCUGCACACCCUCCACCUGAACCACAACGGCCUCACCUUCCUCUCCUCCGAGGCCUUCGCCCACGUCACCCAGCUGCGCUACCUGGACCUGUCCUCCAACGGCCUGCGCAUCCUGGAGGAGCUCAUCUUCGAGCCGCUGGAGCACCUGGAGGUGCUGCUGCUCUACAACAACCACAUCUCCCAGAUCGACCGCACCGCCUUCUCGGGCCUGGCGUGCCUGCAGAAGCUGUACCUGAGCGGGAACCAGAUCUCCCGCUUCCCCCUGGAGGUGGUGAAGGAGCGGGGCCGGCUGGAGACCCUCUCCCUGCUGGACGUCUCCUCCAACCGGAUCAAAGCGCUGCCCCUGGCCGAGCUGCAGGCGUUGCCCGCAUGGAUCAAGAACGACCUGUACUUCCACCGCAACCCGCUGCCCUGCAGCUGCGAGCUGCACGGCCUGCUGGCCCUCUGGGACCUCCAGAGGUUCAGCUCCGCCUCGGACUUCCGCGAGGAGCACACCUGCCUGGUGGUGGGGGUGAAGGAGAAGGAGAAGGUGGCGGUGCUGGACCUGAGCCGGGUGCACCUGAACUGCAGCGAGGUGAAGGUGGUGAAGGCCAACGCGUACCUGGGCCAGUACCUGCUGCUGGACUGCGACACGCGGCAGCGCGGCAUGCUGAAGACCUGGGCGCUGCCGGAGAACGUCACCGUGUCCCGCGCCGACAAGAGCGCCCUGCUGCUCCCGGGGGGUGGGCUGCAGAUCGGCCCGCUGAAGGCCGACGACUCAGGGGUGUACCUGUGCCACGCCACCAGCGACGCCUACAACGAGACCCUGCACAUCACCGUGGAGGUGUUCAACGCCACUCUCAGCGGCGGGCUGGAGAGCAUCAAGACGGCGUACACCACGCUGGUGGGCUGCCUGUUCAGCGUGGUCAUGGUGCUCAUCUACCUCUACCUCACGCCCUGCCCCUGCGCCUGCUGCCCCGGCCACGGGCUGACGGCGGUCAGCGGCGCCGACGACAGCCUGCGCUCGUCCACGGUGAGCGUGUGCCAGAUGCACGAGGAGACGGGGGGCAAGCACGACGGGGACAAGACGGAUAAGAACUUCCUGAACCGGCAGCAGCAGCAGCAGCAGCAGCACACGGGGUUCCUGGGGGCCAAAGACCCCGCGGAGCAGAACGGGAGGCUGAACCCCAUCGGGGAGGAGGAGGAGGAGUGGCACGGGGAGAACGGUGCCAGGCGGGGGUCUGACGCCGACUCCGUCAGCUCUGUCUGCUCCGGAACUCCGAUGGUGGUGUAAUACACGCCCUGGAUGUUCUGGGACCCUCACGGUGGUGUAAUACUCGCCCUGGAUGCGCUGGAACUCCCAUGGCGGUGUCCCAACACCUCUGCCUUCUCUGGUUCACUAGGGUGGUGUGACACCAACUCUGGAUGCUCUGGUAACUCUGUCUGCUCUGGUACACUAGGGUGGUGUGACACCAACUCUGGAUGCUCUGGUAACUCUGUCUGCUCUGGUACACUAGGGUGGUGUGACACCAACUCUGGAUGCUCUGGUAACUCUGUCUGCUCUGGUACACCCAGGGUGGUGCACCACCAACUCUGUCUGUUCCGGUACCCCGAGGGUGGUGCAACACCACCUCUGUCUGCUGUGGUAACCUCAGGGUGGUGUGACACCACCUCUGUCUCCAGACUGUAGGCCAUACUGUAUGUCAAAGCAGCUCUCUCUCAACACAUGAUUAUGAAUGGGAUAUGCCGUAAACAUGAAUGCAUACAUUGUACGGCAUACUACUAUCUACUAUCAAUGAGACUAAGAGACUAUCAUCAUAACAUGACACAGGUUGUUUAUGUAAUAUGGUGGUUUAUGUCCAUUUCAAUCUAUAUUAUUUUUGUUUGCGAUUUAGUUUGUUUAUUCCCCCCAAAAAAACUGUUGUGAAGGACGGCCACAAGAAGAUGAGUUUUAUUCUUUUUGUUUAUCAAUAAUAGUUUAUUGGCUGUUUAUUGGAAGUUAAAUACCCUUACUAAAUAGCUUUAAUAGAAAAAGGGUUUAGUUGACCUUUGUAAGCGUAUUUGCAAGAGCAUAACAUAAACUCAAUAACCAAUGUUACUUGUGUAAAUAAUAGAUCCAUGCGUUCUAUUAUUUGAUAUAGCUGUAAAUAUUAUAUCGUUAGAAAAAUAUUAACCAGCAUAUAAGGCUACUUAUUAAUGGCCGUAGCUUCUGUUAUUGUAGCACAAAUUUAAGUUGAAUGCAAUAUCAAACACUAGCAACCAAAACUGAAUUGUUAGCAUGGGUGUCUUUGAAACAUGUAUUUUUGUCUGUUUUGUGAAUCUAUAAGGAAAAAGCCAAGGUAUACCUUACAGAGAAACCUUACUAAAUAAUCCAUCCAGUAAUAUUUACAGUCACUAAUUAAUCGCUUACGAGUCAAUAUCAUAGCAUUUAUAAAAAAUAACGAUUAUGAUUAUGUAAUAAUGUAUACUUUGUCCUUCGAAGUCUCCUGGGUCCACUAAUAAGCACACAGGAUAUGUCUUUUAUGUAUCGUCAUGUCAUCUUUUAUGAGUUUUUUUGAUAGAGCUGAAUAGGAUCAUUUUGGCACAUGAACCCUCUACCUACCUGUCUACUUCUCUAUCCAUACCAGUGGCCUAUAUGAUGUUAGCAUGUUGGUGCAUGGGAGGACAUGUUCCCCGACACGGUGUGUCCCAGUGCACACAGACAACAGUCUACCCAAAGAGUAUCACCAACAUGUCCUGUCCAUGGCUCCAUUCCAUUAGAAAGGUCCAUGGUUCACCCCUAACUUACCGUGUGCUUCUUCGAGGGGAACAUGAAGUAAAACUGUUUGUUUACAUUUUUGGUGUUUAUAUUUAUUUAUUUUUACAAAAAGGAUUUAAUGCACCCGGUGGGAUUCUAUUGUAUGAUGAUGACAUUUCUGAUGUCGUGUGUUGAAUCGCAGAUCGUUUCGUUCAUUUCCUCUUGUUUUUUUCUGGACCCAUCGUUUAAAUCUUGCAGGACUUAUUAUUUGUAUCGAAGCAGAAAAUCUCAAAAUAGAAGGCAAUAUAAAGUCAUCGUAUGUUUGUUAUUCAAAGUAUGUUGACUAUUCCAAGAUCAAACUUCCCCACCUAUUGGCAAUGACUUGGACUCUCAAACUUUCAGCCAUGUUGCAUUCAGUAGUAAUGCCAAUACUAAAUCCAACAUGAUGUAGCAUUAUUUGCUCAUGUGAAACCUGUUGUCCAAAGGUCAUCUGUCAACACAUACCAACCAGGCAAUAAUCUGAUGACAAUAAAUAAUACUACAAAAAUAGCAUCCACUAUUGGCCACUCGCAUGUAAAGUAGCACCUCUUUAUGUUGACAUAACUCAGCUAAUGUUAGACAUCAGUUGGCCAGGAUCGUGUAAAGAAGUAUGGAAAAUAUAACUAGUGUCACUACUAAAAAUGUCUUCCACUGUAGGUGUGCUUUGAAGAAGUAAACAAAAGUAAGUUGAAGCUCACACUAUGUGCUGUGAAUCGAGCCCCAUAAUAAAACCAUUGAACGCCAUUUCACUUGACUGACACAAUAUUCCUACUUCAGACCAGAUCUGAUUGUAACUAAACAAUAGAAAACAAAUGAAGACAGAAAACUCCCAGACUAGGUGUAGCAAUGUAUUUCUAGCAAACUAAAUAUUUUUGUAUAUUAACUUAAGCACUGAAUAAACGGCGGUGUUUCAAUAUGAUGAUAACAUAAUGUAAUAUAAUACGUGUGAUGGAUUCUCUUUCAGAAGAUAAUUCCUGGAACUACUCAAGCACUUUACAUUACUUUCCCUAAGUUGCCUCAACAAGCUCAGAGAUUUAGCUGUAAUGUGUGUACAAUAUUUAUGUAGAGACCUACAGUGAUGUAGUCAUCGAUCACGUUAACCUUGUCUGUUGAUUAGCACUGAUUUUGUCAAAUAUCUUACUGAAUGUUGGUUUUCUUUUAUCUGCUGUAAUAAUUGCCCUGUCUGCCGCUAACUGUACUACAUAAAUACAUAAAACUACUAUAAAUGUA